AUGGUCCCCUCCUCACCCCCCACACGCCGCCAAUCCCCAUGGCUGGCCCUCCCCCCACCCCAUCUACAUGACCCCUCCACCGCCCCCCAUCGCGCCAUCCGCCAUGACCCCUACUCCACUCCCACCCCAUCUCAUGACCGCCAAACUCCACCAACCCCGCCUACCAUCGAUGCCUCCGCCUUCCAGACCGGCAUUCCCCAUGCGCACAGCUCCCAUGGCCCCCCGCCUCUCACCCCCACCGCCAUCCAUGCCCCCCCCACCCCCCAGUCCCCAGCCCAUGCCCCCGCCACCCCCCGGCCCAUCGAUGGCUAUGUCCGGGUCCCACCAUCAUCCAUGUCCCCCAGGUGGGAACCUCCUGCACCAAUGCGCUAG